CGGAGCCUUGACUGGUGCGCGGCAGCGCGGUGUAAAAUUCGUCUCGUGCGGUAAACCUCUUUCUCGCGGGCUGUUCCGCUCUCUCGUACCAUCCAGUCAGCUGUGAGCCGUUAUGCCCGUGUCUUUGCCUUGGGGGCUCGUGGACACCGACCAAGCGAGUAGCACCGGGUUCUAAGAGAACCAUAAUAACAGGUGCACAACGAUAGAAGGCUCGUGACAGUUGACGUCAUCAUCUUUGAAUUUCCUCCUCUUCGCGCGCAGGACGACUGAAGAAGACUGCUGAAGAUCUCCACAGGUCCUGGUGGUCCGCCAUGGCCCACACCAACACCAGCAGCCCCCGUGGGGCGCUGGAGGAUUCGCCCAACAUGCUGGUCUACAGGAAGAUGGAAGAAGUGGUAGCUCGUAUGCAGGAGGAGAAGAAUGGAAUUCCCAUCAGGACUGUGAAGAGUUUUUUAUCCAAGAUCCCCAGCGUCAUAUCAGGGUCAGACAUUGUCCAGUGGAUGCUUACACAUCUAAACAUGGAGGAUCCAGUCGAGGCUCUUCAUCUGGGAACGUUGAUGGCUGCUCACGGCUACUUCUUCCCCAUCUCUGACCACGUCCUGUCCUUGAAGGACGACGGCACCUUCUACCGGUUCCAGACUCCAUACUUCUGGCCCUCAAACUGCUGGGAGCCAGAGAACACAGAUUAUGCCGUCUACCUGUGCAAGAGGACCAUGCAGAACAAGGCCAGGCUGGAGCUGGCCGACUACGAAGCGGAGAGUUUAGCUCGACUUCAGAGAGCCUAUGCCCGUAAAUGGGAGUUCAUCUUCAUGCAAGCAGAAGCACAAGCUAAGGUAGACAAGAAGAGGGACAAGGUGGAGAGGAAGGUUCUGGACAGCCAGGAGAGGGCCUUCUGGGACGUCCACCGGCCUGUGCCGGGCUGCGUCAACACCACAGAGACGGACAUCAAGAAAUCCUCUCGGAUGAAAGAACCGCAUAAAACCAGGAAGUCAGUGUAUGGCUUGCAGAACGACGUUGGCUGUCACAGUCCUGUGAACACUGCUACACCAGAGACCAAAGAGCCAACGAAGGAGGAGCUACGGCAACAGAUUCAAUGUUGGCAGGCCCAUCUGGAGAGACAUCGGUUAAAGAUGUCCAAGGCAGCAGACAGCCUGAUCAGCUACAGCCAGCAGUACACGGAGUACGACCCCUGCUUCACCUCCCCAGAGCCCUCCAACCCCUGGACCUCUGACGACACCACCUGCUGGGAGCUGGAGACCAGUAAAGAGCCUGGGCAACAGAGAGUACGGCGAUGGGGAUUUGGCUUCAACGAGGUUCUGAAGGAUCCGGCCGGUCGAGAACAGUUCCUCAAGUUCUUGGAGUCGGAAUUCAGCUCAGAGAACCUGAGGUUCUGGCUGGCGGUGCAGGAGCUGAAGAAGCGGCCCGUCAGAGAAGUAGCGACUCUGGUCCACAACAUCUGGCAGGAGUUCCUGGCCCCGGGGGCACCAAGUGCCAUCAACGUGGAUUCCAAAAGCUAUGCCAAGACCACCCACAAUAUCAAAGACCCCGGCCGCUACACCUUUGAGGACGCACAGGAGCACAUCUACAAGCUGAUGAAGAGCGACUCGUACAGCCGCUUCCUCCGCUCCAGCUGCUACCAGGAGCUGCUGCAGGCCAGGAAGAAGAAAAGCAAAACCUUGUUCUGAAGUACGCAGGACCACAAAGAUCAGCUCUCGACAAUAUCACUGUAGCCAGUGGCCAUGGAGACGUCUCAUAUGAACUGUAGCCAUGGAGACAUCUCAUAUGAACUGUAGCCAUCGAGACGUCUCUUAUAAACUGUAGCCAGUGGACAUGGAGCGUCGCAUAUGAACUGUAGCCAUGGAGACGUCUAUUAUGAACUGUAGCCAUGGAGAUGGAGACAUGUACGGACAGUCCUGGAAAACGAUUUUGUGGGGUAUUACAUCCUAUGUGAUAUGUGUGUGUUUCAUUGACAUUUUCCAGACAAACAUCCCCACCUGGAAACCAAUCAUAUGAGAACAAUUCUUGGGAACAUUUCCACAAAUUACUCAAAUGGAUCUUGUAGUUUUCCUACUCCUUGCAUACAUGCCAUCUUCACAGAGAACACCAACGCAAGGGAAGCAAUGCUGUAGCCAUGGUUUAAUGAGUUAGCUCAGACUGGUAUGGAGAUCCCAGUCUGAGAUGGAGAUCCCAGUCUUGGAUUGAGACCGGGAUGGAGAUCUGCAUGUUCACUGGCUACAGUUCAUAUGAGACGAUGGAGAUCCCAGUCUAGGAUGAAGACUGUGAUGGAGAACCCAGUCUGAAUGAGAUCAGACUUGGUUAUUAAUUUAUUUAGGUUUAUUUAAGACAUUACACUUAAAAUAAAUAAUGGGGGGUUUAUGGAUCAAAGAUAUGAGGAAUACUUUAA